ACACAUGCAGCCUUUCUCUCCUGUCGACUGAAACAAUGGGAGCUGUUUGGAUUCUGCUGAUCUGUGUGCUGACUGCCUGGCUGAACAAAGGCUCUUGUUUGCCAGUCGGUGGCACAAGAGAAAUAAGUGUUGGUGAUGAACUGCACAGGAAAAUGGAAGAGUUGUUUCCCAAUGAACUUGCCAUGAAGAAGGCACUGGGCCUCUUCCAGUCAGUGGUGUCCAUGUUGAAGAACCAUGCUAAAGAAGUUCUUCUAGAAACCAAUGAGGUGGAAGCUGAAAGUUUGGUUGUACACGUGAAAGCCAGCGACGUGGGAAUUGUGACGGCCAGCAAUGUGACUGUCGGCGAUGCAGGCAACGUGACUGUCGGGGACGUGGGAAUUGUGACGGCCAGCAACGUGACUGUCGGCGACGUGGGCAACGUGACUGUCGGCGACGUGGGCAACGUGAUGGCCGGCAACGUGACUGUCGGCGACGUGGGCAACGUGAUGGCCGGCAACGUGACUGUCGGCGACGUGGGCAACGUGACUGUUGGCGAUGGGGGAAUUGUGACGGCCAGCAACGUGACUGUCGGCGACGUGGGCAACGUGACUGUCGGCGAUGGGGGAAUUGUGACGGCCAGCAACGUGACUGUAGGCGACGUGGGCAACGUGACUGUCGGGGACGAGGGCAACGUGACUAUCGGCGACGAGGGCAUUGUGAUGGCCGGCAACGUGACUGUCGGCGACGUGGGCAACGUGACUGUCGGCGACGUGGGCAACGUGACUGUUGGGGACGUGGGAAUUGUGACGGCCAGCAAUGUGACAGUCGGCGAUGCAGGCAACGUGACUGUUGGUGACGUGGGCAACGUGACUAUCGGCGACGAGGGCAUUGUGAUGGCCGGCAACGUGACUGUCGGCGACGUGGGCAACGUGACUGUUGGGGACGUGGGAAUUGUGACGGCCAGCAAUGUGACUGUCGGCGAUGCAGGCAACGUGACUGUCGGGGACGUGGGAAUUGUGACGGCCAGCAACGUGACUGUCGGGGACGUGGGCAACGUGACUGUCGGGGACGUGGGCAACGUGACUAUCGGCGACGUGGGAAUUGUGACGGCCAGCAACGUGACUGUCGGCGACGUGGGCAACGUGACUAUCGGCGACGAGGGCAACAUGACUAUCGGCGACGAGGGCAUUGUGACGGCCAGCAACGUGACUGUCGGUGACGUGGGCAACGUGACUGUCGGCGAUGGGGGAAUUGUGACGGCCAGCAACGUGACUGUCGGCGACGUGACUGUCGGGGAUGAGGGCAACGUGACUAUCGGCGACGAGGGCAUUGUGAUGGCCGGCAACGUGACUGUCGGCGACGUGGGCAACGUGACUGUCGGCGACGUGGGCAACGUGACUGUCGGCGACGUGGGCAACGUGACUGUCGGCGACGUGGGCAACGUGACUGUUGGCGAUGGGGGAAUUUUGACGGCCAGCAAUGUGACUGUCGGCGACGUGACUGUCGGGCACGUGGGCAAUGUGACUGUGGGGGACGUCGGCAGCGUGGGCAACGUCACUUUCGGGGACUUCAGCAAUGUGAUAAGUAAGCGCAGUGGACUGGGAGCAAAUGAAGACACUUUAGAUCUUGGAACCUUGGGACUUACUCCAAUGCAUCCACAUUAAGGUCGCUCACAGUCACAUGGAGUAUAUUUUUAAAUGUAGGGAAUAGAAUGUAGGAACCAUGCAAGAGUUCAUGUGCAUCUAAUGGCUCUUUUUUAUGCUGGUGCAUCCUCCAGAACUGGUUUCACACAUCUCCACUGAAAGGCUCUUGGUGCCCAAACAGCUAGCACAAACAGUUUAAUUCUCUCAGCCAUGAUUGCUUUUCAGAGUAAAUUAACCCAACUUCUAUGUAAUGUUCUCUUUUGGAGUUUAUUGGCAAUUAAUUGGUGCAACAUGUGGCCCAGUUGUGAGCUGACAACGCACUGUCCUGGUGUAAAAGAGAUACGAUGUGUCUGCAUGUACCUGUUUCUGUCUCUGCUUUGAAUAAACCCCCUAAACUUUA